UGGUGCCCACUGCGCUACCUGUUCACACCCGUAACGUGCCAGGCCGUCCCGCCUGACAAGUUUCGGGGCUAGUUUUUCAAGUUCGACCGCCCCCUCCCAUUCAGAUCAAACUGAACCGGUCGGAAGAAAAAGGACAACACCCGGAAACACAAGAGCAGUCUGUCUUCAGCGUUUCUCCGGCACAGAGGGGCAGCGGGGCCGACGACACCCAGGACAGCAGGUGAAAGGAUGGACACCCAGAGUCAGGUUGUGGACAGGCUGCGUGCGGCGUUCAGUGCGGGUAUCACCAAACCAGAGCAGUUUCGCCGAACUCAGCUGACCAAGCUUAUGUCCAUGGUCAAAGAAAACGAGGAGCUGAUUUUAAAUGCACUGCACAAAGACCUUGCAAAGCCAAAAUUCGAGGCCAUCCUGUCCGAGGUUGAUAUAGUGAUCAAUGAACUGCACUACGCCAUCGAUAACCUAUCCAGCUGGCUGAAGCCCGAGUAUGUCAGCAAAAACCUGGCCACAAAGCUAGAUGACUGUUUUGUGCAGAGGCAACCAUUAGGAGUUGUGUUAAUCAUCGGGCCGUGGAACUAUCCUCUGCAGCUCCUUCUCAUACCCUUGGUCGCAGCCAUUGCCGCAGGGAACUGUGUGCUCAUCAAACCUUCAGAGGUCAGCGCUGCCAUGGACAGUCUGAUAGCAGAGCUCAUCCCCAAGUAUUUGUCUCAGGACUGUUAUGCAGUUGUCCAUGGUGGAGCAGAAGAGACCAAGGCACUUCUGCAGAACCGCUUUGACCACAUCUUCUACACAGGUUCUCAGAGUGUGGCACGCAGCAUCAUGCGGGCGGCCUCGGUCCACUUGACCCCAGUAACCUUGGAGCUGGGUGGCAAGUGUCCCUGCAUCAUUUACGGAAAAAUUGACAUCACAGCCGCCGCCCGCCGCAUAGCGUGGGCCAAGUUUUUUAAUGCCGGCCAGAGCUGCGUGGCACCGGACUAUGUACUGUGCUCACCGGAAAACCGGGACGCCCUGCUGCCGGAACUGCGCAAGGUCCUGGAGAACUUCUACGGCAAAGACCCUCAGAGCUGUCCGGACUUCUCCCGCAUCGUGUCGCCCACACACUGGACUCGACUGAUGGAACUGCUCGGGAAGUCCAGUGGAAAGGUUGUUGUGGGAGGAGAGAGCAGCCAGGAGGACAAGUACAUCGCUCCCACGGUGUUGGUGGAUGUGGCCGAAGACGACGCACUCAUGCAGGAGGAGAUUUUCGGCCCCAUUCUGCCCAUCCUCACUAUUGAAUCUUUGGAGAAAGGCAUUGAAUUAAUCAACCGCAAAGAGAAGCCACUGGCCCUCUAUGCUUUCUCCGAUGAGUCCUCUGUAGUGGACACAGUGCUGCAAAAUACCAGCAGUGGAGGAUUCUGCUCAAACGACGGGAUCAUCCACAUGUCCCUGCCAAGCCUGCCCUUUGGAGGUGUAGGGGCCAGUGGUUGGGGCAGUUACCACGGCCGCUGGGGCUUUGAGGCGUUCAGCCACCGGCGGGCUGUCAUGCUGCGCGGCUGGGCUUUGGAGAGACUCAACGGUCUGCGCUACCCGCCUUACAGUGAGGAAAAACUGAGCUGGCUGCGCUGGACCGCCUCGCCAAAGAGCAGAUGCACACUUAUGUGAUGACAGGAGGUGUGUGUGUGUGUGUGUGUGUGUGUGUGUGUGUGUGUGUUUGUGCGCGUGCGUGCGUGCCCUGUGCGUGUGCGUGAGCUUUUUAUACUGUAUUGCAUAAAUGUGAAUGAUGAUGAUUUAUCUGGGAACAGCAUUAAUAACUUGUUUUAAUCUCUUGGGAAGGUUGUUUGUCCACUUGUAUAUUCACAUGCUGGGUGCUUGUGCACUUUUCAUCCUGCCAGUUUCUCACCCAACUCACACUUCUAAAAUAAUUAUUAUAUUUUAUUGUAUCCAAUGUUAGCACAAGGGAAAUUACAGACAUAAAACACAUCUUCUAAAGUGGCGCAGAUACUAAAUGUCUGGGUCCCACCACCUGCUUGUUUUUAUCGUCUUACAGUGAAAUAUUUAUUUCAGUGAUGAUUGUGUUUCAUUGUAAUUUAUAACAUCAUUUGAUCAUCAAUGUUAAUCUGUUGGAUUGUUUUGAUUGUUUUCUCGUGGUGAAGUAUUCUUGGCUGUGUUUUAAUACUUUUAUUGAAAAUAAAUUUGAACUUUCUAAACACUGA